GAGACGGUGCAGCAGCAGCAACAGCAGUCAGCCCGCCUGGGUGGAGUAAAAUGUUGACAUGAAGAGCCGCAAAUUAGCCCGACUGAACGGCUAUCACUUGCGGGGGCGGCCGUGCGUGAAAAGACCCACAAAAAAGGAGAGCGCCUAAAGUAGCCGCGGCGUGUCAAAGCCUUUGAAGUGACAAAAAAAGCUAACUGCUAACAUGAGCGAUGUUAGCGAAGAGUCGCUGCUGGAUUACUUUUACUCCACGGCGGGAAGCUCAGGCCGAGUCCGAAAUGCUGACAUAUUGAAGACUUUUAAGCCCUUUAUCGGACACAGUGACGCCCAGCUGCGCGCCAAAUACAGAGAAGAAUUCAAGCUCAUCAUUGACCGCAUUGCUGUGGUCAAGUCAGAAAAUGGUGAGAAGUUCCUUUUCCUCAAGAAGAAAUACAGACAGCUGCUGCAAGCGCGGAGCACCAAAGACACGCUCGACGUGCAAGACGAGGACAGCCAAGGACGCUCCAGCCCCGCCACAGCGCCGGCGAGCGAGCAGCACCGUGAACCUGAACCGUUGACGCACACGGAGCCAGACAACGCCGCGGAGUGGGAGUCGGAGCAAGACGACGAGUCAACAGGAAGUAUUGGCUCAGCUCCAGUCGCUUUGGACCCAAUAGAAAAAGAGUGGAUCUACUUUGCGGCUGGCGCUCGAGUUCUUGACCUCAGUCAGCUGCUACGACAAGACCCUUCACUCGCCAACAAGAAGGACUUCACAUCUACCGCUCUGCACUGGGCCGCCAAACACGGCAGCGAGGACAUGGCCACUCUGGUCGUCAACGCCGGCGCUGAUGUCAACACCAAAUCACACUUGUCUCCCAGAACAGUGCGUCUUAUGUCCCAGCAUGCACCGCUCUGUAAUUUUGUGCGAAUUACCAGGCAAUUAUGUUUUUACCCUUGUUUGGGGUUUCCACAAGCUUUUUCUAAUUUGUAUUUUCUUUCCUCGCUGUUUGCCUUGGCUGCCCGGGGGCCUGGGAAACUCCAGGGGGGUUACACGCCUUUGCACAUCGCCGCGCUGCACGGCCAUCGGAAGAUUCUCGACCUGCUGGUGGGGACUUACGGAGCCAAGGAGAACUUGAGGGACUACAGUGGCCAUCUUGCCUUCCAUUACCUCCACCCUAAGGAAGUGAAGGAGUGUCCAGAGGAGGACUGCGAGCUGCCGGCGGAGUUUCAAGUGUCGCAGGCCAGAGAGCGCAACAGGAACAGGAAGCUGGCGUCGCUGUUCCACUCCAAGAAGAAGUGGGGCUCGGCCGAGGAGCUGGCGGCCAUCGAGGAGGAGAGGGCGGCGCCGCAACAGCUCGCCCUUCCCGCCUUCAGACCCAGGAAGUUCUCUCGCUGAAGACGGGGCGCUCACCGAGAUCCGCAAGUUCACUUCCGCUUUUACAAUUUGGCUCGCCGACGCCGCCAACACAAAACGUAUCCUCAAUAUGUGACCGUAUCAGUAUUUACGCCAGGAUCAUUUACAGGUUUAAAGGUGAUAUUGUGGUUUUGUUUACGCGUCAACUGCCUUUUUAAAAAAAAAUACAAAAGUAGCUUUAAGCGACCAAAGCUAUAUAACUACCUACAAAAACAAAACAAUGAAUGCUUUAUUAGUGUAGUUUGAAGUAACUGCAGAACCACUACUUGCUUAGCAGGGACUCAUUGAAAUGUUAUUAUUUCAAACCUUUUUAUUUGCUCUUUUUUGUUUGUAUGCGCUUUGGACGCCAGCAAAGUUUACUUGCUUAAGUGAGCUGUUUUAGUCCGAGUAUGUUUUCUUGCUGCAAAAAACCACUAGUGACUAGGGAUGAUGUUUGUUAAGAAAUGAUCCAUUUUGAUGCCAUUAUCGAAUCCUCUUAUCGAACCGAUUCCUUAUCGAUUCUCUUAUGGAAUCCAUAUACCGUAUUUUUCGGACUAUAAGUCGCAGUUUUUUCCAUAGUUUGGCCGGCGGUGCGACUUAUACUCAGGAGCGACUUAUGUGUGAAAUUAUAAACACACAAUAUAAACAGCGUACCUGCCCAAUCACGUUAUAACUGUAGAAUGAUGGAGGGCGAGUUCUUGGUUUCUUAUGUGGGUUUAUUGUUAGGCAGUUUCAUUAACGUCCUCCCAGCGCGGCAACAACACACAACAACAGCAGUCACGUUUUUGUCUACCGUAAAGCAGUUCGUCUGCCGUAGACAGCAAUGUUGUGACACUCUUAAACAGGACAAUACUGCCAUCUAGUGCAUUUGAUGAAAGCACCUUUGUGCGUGCCACACAGCAAUGCAUCAUCAGAGAGGGUGUUCAGCAUGGUUAGAAAAAUAGUGACAGAGAAUAGAACAAGGAUGGACAAUUCAACCCUUAACUCAACAAUGAGUAGAUGAGUGUUUUGUGUGUGUAUAUGUGUAAAUAAAUGAACACUGAAAUUCAAGUAUUUAUUUUAUAUAUCCAUCCAUCCAUCCAUUUUCUACCGCUUAUUCCCUUUUGGGCGGAAGGCGGGGUACACCCUGGACAAGUUGCCACCUCAUCGCAGGGCCAACACAGAUAGACA